CCCAAACCUUUUAAGUCCUGCCGGAUACACGGUGGUGAUGAUGCUUCAUUAUACGCCGCACAACGGAGCACAGCAACCAUGUCUUCCCCCCAGGCAACAGCAUAAAGAACCAUGGCCUCCCCAGAUGCACAACCCUCUACACUACCAAUUCCACAAACUCAACAACCACUCGGCCCCUAGAGCCGCGCAAUGUCAAUAAUCCCCCGACUCCUCCCCCGCCUACGCCCACUACCAACCGCAUUCCUCCCCACAAUGUCGUCCCGCAACCUCACAACCACCCCAUCCUCCCAGGCCUGCAAGCCGUCCUCCCCCACCUCCCCUUCCUCAUCGACAAUCCCAAACACCACCAUCAAAAUCUUCCGCACCCUCCCCUCCCUCCGCCACUGGCGCCGCACCCAGCGCGACGCCCACCGCACAAUCGGGCUCGUCCCCACCAUGGGCGCCCUGCACGCCGGGCACCUCUCUUUGAUCCGGCAAGCCGCUUCCGAGACCUCGGCGGUGGUGGUCUCUAUCUACGUCAACCCCGCGCAAUUCGGCGUGCAUGAGGACUUGGCGAGUUAUCCGCAGACGUGGGAUGCUGAUUGCGCUAUGCUUCGCGACCUUGACAGGGAACUGGCGGAGGAUGGAGGCAAUCUGGGGAGUGUGGCGGCGGUAUUCGCGCCAACUGAUAAAACGAUGUAUCCCUCCGGCUUCCCCGGGCAAGAAGUCGACGCAAAGGGCAGUUUCGUGACCAUCACCCCCGCCGGCGAAAAACUCGAAGGCGUGCAACGCCCAACAUUUUUCCGCGGCGUAGCGACGGUGUGCAUGAAGCUCUUCAACAUCGUCACGCCAGAGAAGGUAUAUUUCGGACAGAAGGAUGUCCAGCAGACGGUGGUGAUUAGGAAGAUGGUGAGGGAUUUCUGUAUGGAUACCGAGGUCCGCGUUGGUGCCACGAUGAGGGAGAGCGAUGGGUUGGCGAUGAGUAGUCGGAAUGUCUACCUUGGAACCCGGCGCAGGGCGAGGGCGACGGUGUUGAGCGAGACGUUGAAAAUUGCCGAAGCGCGGUGGAAAUCGGGCUGUCGAACCAGGGACGAGAUUAUGGGACCCGCAGAGGAAUACGUCCGCAGUAUCCAAUCAGCGGAGGAGGCGAAACUGCCAGGGCAAAGAGUGAAGUUUGAGACCGGAUACCUGUCGCUAGCUGACCCAGAGAGUUUGGAGGAGCUGGAGAGGGUGGAGGGGGGGAGGGGCGCGGUGCUCAGUGGUGCGUUUAAGAUGUUGCCUGUUGAGGAGGCAGGGGAGGGGGAGGAUCUGGGGUUGAGUGGGGGGCCGGCGGUGAGGUUGAUUGAUAAUAUUAUUUUGGAGCCUGUGGAGGAGGCGUAG